GCCGUCGUGACGAGAGUCAGAUGUCCAGGGCAGGCGGUCAACCCAGAAUCUUUGCCAUGAGGAGAGAAGAGGCCAAUGCAGCCCCAGAGGUGGUGACUGGAGCUGCAGGAAACCAGGAGCACCCAGAUCAAUCGCAGGAACAUAGCUGCUGCCCCAGAUGUCAUCACAAGGGUUAGUGGCCCGAAGAGCUUCCAGCGGAACUUGUUUAAGUUUAUGCAUUGUUGGUGGACUUGAGACUUAAUGAGGAUUAUGUUUGAAUACUAUUUUAAGAUGGAUUUUUCCUUGUAUUUUGGAAU